CCUACACGUGUGUGGAGCAGUGAGGCGGCUUGGCCGGAGAGCUAGCACUCAGCACCAUGCUGUUCUCCAGGGAUGUGCCAUGGCGGCGCCUGCAGCGCAUCUCAUUCGCCGUUUACUCUUCAGAUGAGAUCAGGAUGCUGAGUGUGAAAGCCAUCACCAAUCCCCAGUACCUGGACCCGGCGGGCAAUCCUAUGAUAAACGGCCUGUAUGACCUGGCCCUGGGCCCCCCAGACAACAAAGAAUUUUGCGCCACCUGCUCUCAGGACUUCAUUAGCUGCCCCGGACACCUGGGCCACAUCGAGCUGCCUCUCACUGUAUAUAAUCCUCUGCUCUUUGAUAAACUGUACCUCCUUGUGCGAGGCUCCUGCUUCCGCUGUCACCUGCUGACAUGUCCUCGCUCCACCAUUCAUCUGCUGCUUAACCAGCUGAAGUUACUGGACCGAGGAGCCCUCCAGGAGAUGUACGAAGUAGAGGCCGUCCUCAGCCGGUUCUUAGAAGGGAACACUGGAGUCAGCGGUAACGAGAUUCAGGAGGAAUUGGAAACCUACACCAAAAAAGUGCUUAAAGCCUACCCGAAGAAGCGGGACGUAUCCAGUGUGAAGAAUAUCUGUUUGGCCAGGAACAAGCUCUUAAGUGACUUCUGGAAAACGGAAAUGGCUUCCAAGAAAUGUCCUCAUUGCAAGGCACCGCGCUCCAUAGUACGAAAAGAGCACAACAGCAAGCUGACCAUCAUGAUGAGCUCCAAGAAAACGGACGAGGAAGUCUCAGAAAUUAAGGACACCGCCGAGCUCACACAGCGAGGCUACCUGACCCCUAGCACUACUAAGGAGCACAUAGAAGCACUUUGGGAAAAAGAAGGUUUCUUCCUCCAGUGCCUGUUUUCUGGCAUGGCGAUCGGCGACAACUUUUCCCUGGACAUGUUCUUCCUUGAUCUUGUAGUGGUUCCUCCAUCUCGUUUCCGCCCGAUCAAUCGCCAGGCAGAUCAGAUGUACACCAACGGGCAGACGGUUAACCUCCAGGCCGUCCUCAAAGAUGUGACCACCAUACAGAAGUUGCUGGCGGUGAUGGCUGAGGAGCAAAUAAAGACUCCAAAUGGUACAGAGACAGAAGUCAUCGAGGACAGCACGAACCCUGUGCAAAGCGUUGAUCGAUCCUUCUUGAUGGCACUGCAGGGCCGAAGUCUCACAGAUAAGCUUUAUAACUCUUGGGUUCGCUUACAAGGGCACGUAAACAUCGUGUUUGAUAGCGAGAUGGACAAACUGAUGACGGACAAGUAUCCUGGAAUCCGUCAGCUACUGGAGAAGAAGGAUGGUCUAUUUCGGAAACACAUGAUGGGAAAACGUGUGGACUACGCAGCUCGGUCUGUUAUUUGCCCUGAUAUGUACAUCAGUACUAAUGAGAUUGGCAUCCCAAUGGUAUUUGCCACCAAGUUAACCUAUCCCCAGCCUGUCACAACGUGGAACGUGCAGGAGUUGAGGCAGGCGGUCAUCAACGGACCCAGUGUGCAUCCCGGGGCCUCCAUGGUGGUUUGUGAAGAUGGGUCUCGCACAAUAUUGACCUCUAGUCUUUCACAGCGGGAAGCCAUUGCCAAGCAGCUGCUCACUCCAUCCACCGGUUCACAGAAGUUGACUUCGAAAAUCGUUUAUCGUCACGUCAAGAAUGGCGAUGUCCUGCUACUCAACCGGCAGCCCACACUGCACAGACCGUCCAUCCAAGCUCACAAGGCUCGAAUCCUCCCAGGAGAGAAAGUGCUGCGACUUCACUACGCCAACUGCAAGGCCUAUAAUGCCGACUUUGACGGAGACGAAAUGAACGCUCAUUUUCCUCAAAGUGAACUUGGUCGAGCUGAGGCCUACACCUUAGCGUGUACCGACGAGCAGUAUUUAGUGCCCAAGGAUGGCACUCCCUUAGCCGGACUCAUCCAAGAUCACAUGGUGUCUGGAGCCAGCAUGACCAUCCGUGGUUGCUUCUUUACCAGAGAUCAGUACAUGGAGCUGGUAUACAGAGGUCUGACUGAUAAGAAGGGCCGGGUGAAAACCCUUCCACCUGCAAUUAUGAAACCCUGCAGACUAUGGACUGGAAAACAGGUGGUCUCUACGUUACUGAUCAACGUCAUCCCAGAUCACUAUAUACCUCUCAACCUGACGGGAAAAGCAAAGAUCAAUGGGAAAGCGUGGGUGAAGGAGACCCCCCGGCCCAUCCCUGGUUUUGACUCGGAUUCUAUGUGCGAGUCGAAGGUCAUCAUACAAGAUGGAGAGCUGCUCUGCGGGGUGCUGGAUAAAGCGCAUUAUGGCAGCUCCUCCUUCGGUCUUGUCCACUGCUGCUAUGAGCUCUAUGGUGGCGAGACCAGCGGGAAAUUGCUGACCUGCCUAGCCCGCCUCUUCACAGCCUACCUGCAGCUCUACCGGGGCUUCACCAUGGGGGUGGAGGACAUUCUGGUUCGACCUUACGCUGAUGCGGCCAGACAGAAGAUCGUGGAAAGCUCCACACUUUGUGGUGGGAAGGCGAUCCGAGCAGCUUUCAACCUCUCUCAGCUGGCCUCCGAUGAGGAGGCUAAGGAGAAAUGGGAGGACGCCCAUCUAAGUAAAGACCAGAGGGACUUCAACAUGGUUGACUUGAAGUUCAAGGAGGAAGUGAAUCUAGUGAGCAAUGAGAUAAACCAGGUGUGUAUGCCGCUUGGUCUCCACAGACGGUUCCCAGAGAAUAAUUUACAGCUGAUGGUCCAGUCUGGAGCUAAAGGAUCCACUGUCAAUACCAUGCAGAUCUCUUGCCUUUUGGGUCAAAUUGAAUUGGAAGGUCGGCGGCCACCACUGAUGCCUUCUGGGAAAUCCCUACCUUGUUUUCAACCCUAUGAUUUUACACCACGAUCCGGCGGCUUUGUGACUGGACGCUUCCUCACCGGCAUCAAACCUCCGGAGUUCUACUAUCACUGUAUGGCCGGGAGAGAAGGUCUGGUGGACACUGCUGUGAAGACAAGUCGUUCCGGUUAUCUCCAGAGGUGCAUCAUCAAGCAUCUCGAGGGGCUGGUGGUUCAGUAUGACCUCACAGUGCGUGAUAGCGACGGCAGCGUGGUGCAGUUCCUGUACGGCGAAGACGGACUGGACGUGCCCAAGACGCAGUUUCUGCAGCCGAAUCAGUUUCCGUUUAUUGCUGAGAACUACGAGGUGAUCAGACAGUUGAAACGCUUGGAUGAAGUCUUGUGUAAAAUGGAUUCCGAGCAGGCUAACCGCUACUGCCAGGCUAUCCGGAAGUGGAGAGACAAACUUGCUGGUUCUUCACAAAGGCUUGGGGCAUUCCUCUUGUACUCCCAAAAGAAGCUGGCGGCUUUUAAAGAGCACAUACCUGAGGGACUGAGUGAAUAUGGACGGGAAGAGGCCGUCACUCAGCUGAUUGAUAGUUGGCGUGCCCUGGACCCAAAGCUGCAGAGGAAGUACAUAAAACGGUCCCCUCGCCUGCCUGACCCUUGCCUCUCAGUCCUCCGUCCAGAUCUUUAUUUUGGAUCCGUGUCUGAAAGUUUUCAAAACAAAGUCGAUCAGUACAUGGAGCAGCGGGAAACGCGGGGCGACUCCAGCUACGGCAAGUCAAAGGUGCCAUCUGACAGUUUAAGGACUUUGCUGCAGCUGAAAUGGCAGAGAGCCCUGUGUGACCCCGGGGAUGCGGUGGGCCUUCUCGCAGCUCAAAGCAUCGGAGAACCCUCCACCCAGAUGACACUGAACACCUUCCACUUUGCAGGCAGAGGAGAGAUGAACGUCACUCUAGGUAUCCCCAGACUCAGAGAAAUUUUGUUGAUUGCAAGCUCCAAUAUUAAAACUCCCAUGAUGAGCGUGCCCGUCCUGCCCACUAAGAAAGCUACGAGAAGAGUACAAAAACUGAAGAAGCAACUGACCCGUGUGUGUCUGGGUGAGGUAUUGCACAAGCUGGAUGCAGAAGAAACCUUCCGCAUUGAAGAGAAAUGCCAGAAAUUUCACGUCUACAAAAUAAAAUUCCACUUCUUGCCAUAUGAAUAUUAUCGGCGGGAGAAGUGCUUGAGACCUGAGGAUGUGCUACGCAUUAUGGAGACCAGGUUCUUCCGAAUUAUGUUGGAAGCCAUCAAAAGGAGAAGUGCAAAACUUGCCUCUUACAGGGAUGUAACCAGCAGAAAGGCGUCUCAAAAAGAUGUGGAGGAUGAAGGCGGGGAAGCGGCAGCAACGCAGGAGAACCAAGAAGCCGAGGCUGAAGAACAAGACAUUGUGGACGCUGAUGCUGAGGAGGGUGAUGCCGAUGCUACAGAUGCAAUGCGGAAAAAAAAGCAAGAGGAGGAGGUCGAUUAUGAAAGUGGAGAGGAAGAGGGAGCGGAGAAUGAAGAGGAGCAGGACGAGGAGAAUGCUUCCACUGAGGAAAAGGUUGAGAGUGAGGAGGAUGAAGAAGAUCGCAGUCCCUCACCUUCCUCCAAAGAGAGAGAAACCGAAACAAACAUAACGGAGAACGUGUUGUCAGAGGGCCGGGUGAACGCUGUCCUGGAUCUCAAUCCCAGCAUCGAAGACUACUCCUAUGACGCAGAAAGAAGCUUGUGGUGUCAGAUCACGCUGAAGCUGCCGCUCAUGAAGGUCCACUUCGAUAUCUCCUCUCUCAUCUCGUCCCUGGCACAAAAUGUCGUGAUCCACGAGACCAGAGGAAUAAGCCGCUGUCUCCUCAACGAUACCACUAACCAUAGAGGAGAGAAGGAGCUGAUCCUGAACACAGAGGGCAUCAAUCUCCAGGAGAUGUUCAAGUAUUCAGAUAUCCUGAACCUGAGACGCCUGUAUACCAAUGAUAUCCAUGCGAUGGCCAACACGUACGGCAUAGAGGCUGCGCUGAGGGUGGUGCAGAAAGAAAUUAAAGAUGUGUUUGCUGUAUACGGUAUUGCGGUAGACCCCCGACACCUGUCCCUGGUAGCAGACUACAUGUGCUUUGAGGGAACUUAUCGGCCUCUCAACCGCUACGGGAUUCAGUCCAGCUCUUCCCCUUUCCAACAAAUGACCUUUGAGACCAGCUACAAGUUCUUGAAGGAUGCUACAAUGAGUGGUGCCAAGGACCAUCUUCAGUCUCCGUCCGCAUGUCUGGUGGUUGGGAAAGUUGUAAAAGGAGGCACUGGAUUGUUUGACCUCAAGCAGCCAAUGAAAUAAACCUCAAGGACUUACACUUAGAGGCUCGGCGCCAGAGGGUUAAUAUAGCAGAUAGUGCCUUACACAGCGGUGGCGGACUCCAGCAGCUGGAUUCAGCGGUGAGCGGAGCUGCAAUCACUACAGGAAUAAUGAACUCUGGCCUUUACAGCUGCUGCCUGGCGUCCUCCACAUCACAGCUGUGCUUAUAGAGGUGGGACUUUUACGAGGACCUCUGCCUGUAAAUGUUUACAAUUGUAAAAUGGAUGAGUAUCUAUAGCUUUAUAGUAAAGUAUAUUGUGCCAAUCGUGUGUAAAACUUAAAAUAAAAACUUUGGAAAAAACUGAAAA